GUCAGAGCAACGCGGGACAGUCAUUCCCUAGCUUCAAGCCUUCAAGCCGCAAGAUGUCAAGCAGUUCACUACCCACUUCUGGUGCUCGGGGCAAAAAGCGAUGCAUAAUUUGUGAAGAAAUAGUAACAAGUUAUGUUCCUGUACCUCAAGAAACUAAUGAUGAAGUUGGUCCUCAGCAUGUGGAUGCGUAUGUGCAAAAACAGCCAAAGGAGGGCCGCAACUAUGUAAAAAGAAAUUCAAAAAAGAAGAAAGGUGAGUACUGGAGAUGCUUAUGGGAGUAUCUAGAUGAAGAUAACAAGUUAAGAGCAGAAUGCAUCUAUUGCGACAGCACAUUUGCCGCAGAUACUAAUGUCAAUGGAACAACAAAUUUGGAAAAUCAUACAUCGAAUUGCAAAAACAGCCCAGCUAAUAGAAACAAAGGAGGUAAGCAAGCUCACUUGAUUGAUAAUUAUGUUGUUCCUAAUGGCGGUGAGGGUAAUGUUCUGGGUUUUAAGGAGGGUGUUAAGCUAGAGGAAGUUAGGAAAGCAUUAGAUCAUAUGCUUAUUAUUGAUGAGCUGCCAUUCAGAUUUGUUGAAAAACCCGGGUUUAGACAUUUUGUGAACAUUGCAUGUCCACUUUUUCAUAUACCCUCUCGCACAACUGUUGCACGUGAUUGCUAAAAGAUAUAUCUUGAGGAAAAGUUGAGGUUGAGGGAUUUUUUAGCAAAUCGUGCCAGAGUUUGUGUCACUACUGACACUUGGACAUCAAAUCAAAGAAUAAAUUAUAUGUGUCUUACUACCCACUUUAUUGAUG